AUGAGCACCCCGAAGCCAUCAUUAUUCAACAGGCCGUCGUGGGCCGUCGCUUCAAAACCGGCGGCCACCAGUCGCGACACGCCAAUCUUUGGUCAGCAUCGAGUAUACGAGGACAUUAUCGCUGAAGAGACGAAGAAGCGUGAAGAACGUGAGGCCAGAAGAAAAGCAAAGGCCGAGAAAGAAGCGAAAAAAGCAGCGGUAAUUGCUGAAAAGCAGAUUGAGGAACCUGCUCCCAAGAAGAGAAGGGUGUCAAAGGAUUUGCUUGACGAGCCUGACGAUAGUGAUGCCAGUCUCCAGAGUUCCUCCAGUGCAAAGCACAGUCCCACAAGUCACGGCACUACGAAAAGAGUGACUCGAAGUGCACCGCACGAGGACGUCAAACUGUCGGUUGGUCUAGAUAUAUCGCCGCGUCAGCACAAAGCCAAGUCAAAACCCAAACGGACAGUGAUCAGCCUCGAAGAGAGCGACGAGGACGGAGAUGCAGGUAGUCGGAAUACGGGACAGGUCACAAGCCAGGAUAGGGAUCUUUCACGGUCGCCAAAAUCAAACAGAACCACCAAAUCCGCUCCGCCCCCUGAAGACGAGGACGAAGACCCCUUCAUUCGGGAACUCCAGCGUAAAGCUCGCCAGCAAGCACUCGAACGUGCUGGCGUCACCAAAUCCAUCUCACCAACACGUGUAGCUAACAAAGCUCGCUCUCCCUCUUUCGAAAAAGCUGCAGCCUCUCGCUCCCCGGUCUCUACCAAGAAUGGGAGCUAUGAAUUACCUUCCGCUUCGCAAACCAAGGUUCUAGAAUCGAACAUCGCCAUCCUCAUUAGGUCUCACAUCCCAGGAACCAAAGACCUGGUUGUCAACAGACACACAUCGCAACCCCUGCAGCCUGUCAAGGACUACUGGUGCGUCCGCAACAAAGUCGAGUCAUCUUUUGCGAAGCAGAUCUUCUUUACUUGGCGGGGCACCAAGCUGUAUAAUUCAUCCACCAUGGCAUCGCUCAUCAACAUCUUGAAGCGCGAGCAGGAUAUUCCGAGCUGGUCUGAUGAAGACCCCAGUCACGGACGCAUUCAGGUGGAAGCUGUGACGGAAGAAAUAUUGGAAGAGCAGCGCAAGGCGAGAGACGCGGCGAAGCAGGGCGUGGACCAUGAAAGAUAUGGUGACGACGAGCAGCAAGAGCAAGUCCCAGAGGAGCCGAAGAAGAAGGAAGGCAUUAUUUUGCUUUUGAAGUGCAAGGACGUGGAACCGAUGCCACUCAGAGUGCGCCCAAAUACUGGGGUGGGCAAAAUCAUGAGGGCGUUUCAAAGUCAGAGGAACAUUGACAAGACCAAGACAUGCUGGCUGGUGUUCGACGGGGAUAGAUUGGACGAGAAGAUGAGCGUGCAGGAGGUGGGGUUCGAAGAUCAGGAUGAGGUCGAGGUACAUCCACGGUAA